AUGGAGGACGCUGCCGCCACCGAUCAGGCCUCAACUUCUCGGCAGCCUCCUUGUCGCCUGCAUAGCGGAUGGAUUCACGAGAACAACAUCAAAGAAGACAUCCAACAAGAGGCCAAGACAUUUCAUCGUCCUUACGUGCUCGUCACCGAGACACCUUGCUCGUGCAAGCAAGGAAAAGCCGUUGUCAUUGCCAGCGGCUGGAAGUUCGGACUCGACUUUUUCCUCCUCUUGACGUCAUGGAAGGAAGUCUCGUCGGUUUCCGCCAUCGCCAGUGCGUGCAUGGAGACCAACAUGGAUCUCGAGCGUACAAUCAACACCGUCAGGUCUCGCAAAAUGAAGGUCUUGCACAUCAUCGCCUGA